GAAUGCAUGAAUAAGUGGGACAACAAAUCAAUGUUUCUCCCUACCCCACCACCACCCCUCCUCAAAUCAAUAAAUAAGAUAUCUUUAAAAAUGAGGAAAGAUGCUCCCUUCCUUUUAUAUAAUACACUUAAUGCAGAAAUACAUAGUAAGUCUUAUUAAAAUUCUCUGCUUUAGACCUUUGUAUUGCAGCUGUACUUAAAGAAUGCUGGCUUGUUACCCUGUCACUGAAGAGCCAGACCUUAGAUGCAGAAACAGAUGUGCUGUGUGCAGUCCUUCACAGCAAUCACCACAGAAUGGGCCGCCACAAGCCCCAUUUGGCCCUCAAACAGGUUGAACAGUGUUUAAAUCGUUUGAAAAACAUGAAUUUGGAGAGUUCAAUUCAGGAUCUGUCUGAGUUGUUUUCUUUCAAUGAAAAUCAGCCAUUAGCUACCAAAGCGUGUGUCAUCCCCAGCCAACCAGUGGUGGAAUUUGUGUUGAUGAAGAUUUUGGGAGCCUGCAAAUUGUUACUUUGCUUGUUAGACUGUUGCUGCAAGACAUUUCUUUUGACUGUGAAACACCUAGGUUUGCAAGAAUUCAUUGUGUUAAACCUUGUGAUGGUUGGGCUGGUGAGCAGGUUAUGGGUUCUCUAUAAAGGUGUUUUUAAAAGGCUGAUUUCUUUAUAUGAGCCAUUGUUUGGAUUGUUUCAGGAGGUCUCAAGGAUUCACCCAUUGCCUUACUUCAAAGAUUUUACCUUUCUUUCUGAUAUUGUUGAACUUUUAGGACAGUCUUAUUUAGAGGUCUUUAAGAAAAAAAUGCCUACAGCUUUUGCAGCUAAGGGAGUACCUAAAUUGCUAAAUAAACUGUUCUCAACAAAAGAACAAUCACUGAGGUGCGGUGAUGAAACUUCACAUAGGAGUUCCAAAAAAGUUAAUCAAAUGAAGAUCAAUGUACAGAAUAAUGUGGAUCGUGGAGAGCCAGUAAAGAAUAUGAAAAUCUUCAAAGCAGAGUCAUCAGAAUUUGAUGUGAGGACUUUCUGCAAACAUCUGAAACACAGAGCUAUUCAGAAGACCAGGUUUGAAUUUAAAUGUCCUGAGUCCUAACUAAAGGCAAUGAAACAUUCUCCUCAGAAAGAGAUAGAAAUUCCAUGUGCCACAGCUUUUGUGAAAAAUUUCAAAAGGCUGAGAUUUUCAUACAAUUUUCUGAGAAAUCCAAAUGGUGAUUCUGUGGUGCAGGAGCAA